GGUUACGUCCUGAACUAUCGGAGAGACGCUCAUGUUCACGCUCACACUCACACUACUCGUCAACUGUCUGUCCUGACAAGACUGAGACAUCAGAUGUCCGCGGGAAACAUGGACCUUGAGAGGAAAAGAAAAAUGAAGGAGCAAUGUGCCCUGAGGAAGGACAUCAUCAAAGAGUUCCUGGCAGAAUUUCUGGGGAUAUUCGUAUUAAUACUCUUUGGAUGUGGCUCGGUGGCCCAGACGGUGCUGAGUAAGGGAGCUCUGGGAGAACCCCUGACCAUCCACAUCGGCUUCACUCUGGGGGUGAUGAUGGCCGUCUACGUGGCUGGGGGAGUUUCAGGGGCUCAUGUGAACCCAGCAGUCUCCCUGGCCAUGGUGGUCCUGGGCAAGCUGCCUAUAAAGAAGUUCCCUGUCUACGUGGCAGCACAGUUCCUGGGUGCCUUCGCUGGAUCUUGUGCUGUCUAUGGGUUGUAUUAUGAUGCCUUAAUGGAACACACAGGAGGAGUUAUGCAAGUUACUGGCAUCAAUGCCACAGCUAAUAUAUGGGCAUCCUACCCUGCCAAGCACAUCUCAGUUCUUGGAGGAUUCGUAGACCAGGUAAUAGGAACAGCUGCCUUGAUCCUGUGCAUUCUGGCCAUUAUUGAUGGGAAGAACAUUGGAGCUCCUAAAGGGAUGGAGCCAUUGUGCAUUGGCCUGAUCAUCAUGGCCAUCGGAGUAUCCAUGGGACUCAACUGUGGCUAUCCCAUCAACCCUGCCAGAGACCUGGGCCCAAGGCUCUUCACUGCUGUGGCCGGAUGGGGCAUGGAGGUGUUCCGUGCUGGAGGCUGCUGGUGGUGGAUCCCAGUAGCGGGGCCCAUGGUGGGAGGAGUGGUGGGGGCCGCCGUUUACUUCCUGUUCAUCGAGCUGCACCAUUCCGAGCCUGAGAAACAGGGGGAGAACAACGUCAAGGACAAAUAUGAGAUGGUCACCCUGAGUUAGACAGAAAGGCCAUGAGCCUCAAUGGUACUGAGGCUUGGCAGCUUCCUACCCCUUUAACCCUCAACAGGCUAAACAUUCACCUCAAUGAGGCCACACUUGACACAACCUUCUCCGCUUGCACUAGAGUCAUUUCCUCUGUCUAAGGGACCUGAGGUCAGGUCAGUCUCUGCACUCUCAUGGACAGGUCCGCUGAAAGAAUGCCAGUUGAGCCAACACAUAAAAAACACAAACACGUAUGUAAUGUUAAAUUCACAAUCACAAGCUGAGAUCUCAGGCAUGUUUACUAGCCCAUGACAUCAUCAACAUCAGGUGUUCAGACUAUCCAUUCUACUCUGAGGAUAGUUCCUGAGUACAGUGAUUUUUAAGAAUUUAUAUUGCAUUUCUUGUAUAGGGCUACUUUUCACUGCAGGAGGAAUUUUCCAAGUUUGAAACCGUCUCAAUAUUUUCUCUUUCAGGCAGAGGCAAUGGUAAAUGUUAUUAACCACAUCAAUGGUAAAUGUUAUUAACCACAUCAAUGGUAAAUGUUAUGAACAACAUAGAAAAUAGCCAGUAACAGUUUCUGUGAUGGAAGGAAGUGUAUAUUUUUUGUCAUGAGCUAGUUUAAUGGUAUGCUCUUUGGAGUGUCUUCCGUCUUCUGCUUCACUUCAUCCAUCUAUUUGUUACAGUUGUGUGAAUCCCUCUGCCUGCUGCGACACACAGCCUCAUCACUGCAUGUGUACUAUAGCUAACACACAUCUAUGUAUUUGUGCUUUGAAAUGCUCAUAGUCUUGUUUCCUAGCUAUUCUUUUUAGAGUGCAGAAGAAACAGCCUUAAUGUGUGUGAAAUGAGCCUCACACCAUUCAGUUUGUACUUGCUCUCUCUCGUGGAGCACAGAACUGUGUAUCGUGACACGGCAUCACUUCUAAAUGAUUUUUAUCUGACUUUUAUUUCCUCUUAUAUAACGUUCCUGCUGUCAUGUGCACACAUUUUCAUAGAAGCAUGAGUAGGGAAGCCUAGUAUCUACAGUACCUAGCAUGGACAUUUUUUAAUAAACAAUAUACUGUAUGAAGAGUCCAAUGAGAGAUAGUUUACCCCCCUGGCCAAUGGCCAUAUGGGAAUGUAUAAAAAUGGUUUGUUAAUACGUUAUUCCUCCAAUGAUGUGACUAGGAUUUAACCACUCAGGAACUCCUACACUAUGACCUAUAGUGAACUGGACAAUAACAGAAUAACAUCAGUACAACUUCCAAGAAUAGAGCCCUUCAACUCAUACAAAAACACUCAAAUGAACCAAGUCCUUCCAUCCUAGUGAUGUUAUUUAGCCAUGGGUGGGCAGAGGAACACUAGUUCCCUAUUCCCAGAAGAGCCCUCACCAAUGGAACACAUAGCAUUUUAUAACCUGUAUGUGGCUUACUACUGAACCAGAUAUAAUUCGUAGGGAAUAAUAAAGCUCUUAAGAAAAGA